GACUACAGUACCCAAAAGGCAAUGCUGGUCUUCAGCCUAACGCAAAGUCUCAUUUCGAGACCAAUGUGGUCUUUGUCCGUAUUGUAUUUAUUUUGCAAAUGUAAUCGUUCAGGUUGCAAUAAUGUAGAUGUGAACGAUACUGCAUCCUCCUGUGAUACCUAGCUAUCCGUCCAUGAUUUAGGCAAAGCGACGUUGACAUUUUUACAGAGGGGCAGACUGUCUGGCCAGCUAACCGUAUCGGCAAUGAGGGGUUUGUUUUCCUUAAUAACAACUAGUUAGCUACAGCAGCUAUCCUUCAUCCGUGUUGAAGCGAGGAAUUGUGUUAUAACGUUUAUGAUGUGGCAAAUAACACCUGUAAACUGUAUGUCAGUCUGUCGAAUUAGUUAACGGACUCAACUCUAAACUAAAGCGAUUUAGCGAGCUAGCUGUAAACAUCUGUUUACUUACUUGGUAACUAGAGCUAGCUAGCUAGCAAGCACUGACAAGAAGACAAUGUGGCAAAGCGUUGGUCUCACUGUGCUGGUAAUUGUGGCCACCCUUGUGUGCGCGUUGCUCUUCAUGGUUUUUGGUUGGUAUGUUGUCUGGCAGCUCUUCCUGUCCAAGUUCAAGUUUCUGCGUGAGAUGUUGGGCGACACCGGCUCUCCACAGGCCGAGACCCAGCCUUCCGAAUCCAGGAGCGAACGUACCUCUCCUCCACCCCCACGCCAGAGGCCCAAGACUGCCCGCCAGAGGGCUGUUCCUCCUAAUAGUACUACAUAGAUUACCUCACCCGUCCGCUGUCGGCCACACCCUGUCCUGUUGUUCACCAAACCAGCCGUCCCACUAGGAAACAGUGGUGGACAAAAACCCCUUUAAUAAAUUGCAUGAUUUGGAAUGGCAUACUACCCCCAUGUCCGUGUAUACUGCUGCCUCUCCUGAUGAAAUCCACCCCUCCACUCUGCACUACUAAAGACAUCCUCGUUGAUGACACUUGACACGUUCUUCUUACUAGACUAGGCACAGCUGCUGAUAUUAUAAAGGGACAAGCCAUCAAAUCAUGGAACAUUCUGUAUGCCACUUGUUCAUGUUUGUUUCAAAUAUGUAUUUUAGCUGUUCACAGUGUAUGUACUGAGCAGCAUGUUUGGUCUCUUUACCUGGCCUUCACUGACACUGCAACAUGGUCAGCUCUGACUAGCUGACACUGUAACAUGGUCACCACUAAUUGGCUGACGCUGUAACAUGGUCAGCUCUGACUGGCUGACGCUGUAACAUGGUUAGCUCUGACUGGCUGAUGCUGUAACAGGGUCAGCUCUGACUGGCUGACGCUGUAACACGGUUAGCUCUGACUGGCUGACGCUGUAACAUGGUUAGCUCUGACUGGCUGAUGCUGUAACAGGGUCAGCUCUGACUGGCUGACGCUGUAACAUGCUCAGCUCUGACUGGCUGACGCUGUAACAUGCUCAGCUCUGACUGGCUGACGCUGUAACAUGCUCAGCUCUGUGGACUCCUGAGUGGUGCAGCGGUCUAAGGCGCUGCAUGUCAGUGUUAGAGGCGUCACUACAGACCCUGGUUCGAUUCCAGGCUGUAUCACAACCGGCCGUGAUUGAGAGUCCCAUAGGGCGGCGCACAAUUGGCCCAGCGUCAUCCGGGUUUGGCCGGGGUAGGCCGUCAUUGUAAAUAAGAAUUUGUUCUUAACUGACUUGCCUAGUUAAAUAAAGGUUAAAUAAAAUAUUGGCUGACACUGGAACAUGGUCAGCUCUGAUUGGCUGACACUGGAACAUGGUCAGCUCUGACUGGCUGUCAUGCUGCUGACACCUGCAUGGGGAAUCUGUUUCUCCAACAGCAGACAGCUGAGUGUGAGUUCUCUGUCGUGUGUGUGUGUUUGUGUGCGCACGUUUUAUGAGAGUGUGUUUAUUUGAACAGACGUGUGUUUGUAGUAAAGUCUAUAUUCAGACACAUAGACAAAGCGUUGUAUAAACAGGCUCAUUUGUCAUUUACUUUCAGAGGCAAAACAACUUGUAGAAGAGAAACUGAAUAAAACUAUUUGCAUAACUGACAA